AUGGAAAUUAGACCAUAGUUUUUUUAGGGAUUUUAUAAUCCAGAUGAUCUAGUUUAUUCAUCAUAAGCUAGUGAUUCCAUGGCUAUAACUAAACCAAAUGAACAAAUAAAAUCUCUUUUGCAUGAUCGUUUUCAAAAUUACUUAAAAAAUGAAAAUAAACCAGAAGAAUAUACAGAUUCAUUAAAUAACUAAAGCAAAUCAAAAACUAUUACUUAAUCAAAAUAAAUAUAGAUUUAGAAAUCAAUUUAAUAAUUAAAGUAUAAAUUACAAUAACAAGAAAAAGAAUUUUAUGGCAAAGAAUUAUUAUUAUAAGAAUAAUUGUUAUAAGCAUAACUUAAAAAUGAUAAUUUGAUGAGAUUAGCGAAAUAAAAAUAUGAAUUGAUUAUUGAUAGUCUAAAAUAACAGUUAAAAUAAAAAGAUGAAGUUAUUUAUGAUUUGAAUCUCAAAUUGAGAGUUACUCAAACAUCUUAAAAAAAAAAUGAAAAAUAAAUAAUUGGAAAUCAUUCAAAAAAAUCAUCUAUGCUGACAGGAGAGGAAUUAGAUUCAGAAGGGGCUUGCACAUAAAGAACUUUAAAUAUUCCUUCACGUUCUUCUACUUCUCAGCAAUUAAAUGAUGAUAAACUUUUAAAUCUCUAUCGAGUAGAAAUAGACAAAUUAAAAUCCUAAACUUUCGAAUUUGCUUAAAAAUUUGAGACUGAAAAAAGAACAAUAAAAGAUGAAAUCUCUUAACUUAAGAAUUAAAAAUUAUUAUUACAAACUUUAUUGACAACUCAGCAAUCUCCAUAAUCUGAAAGAAAGUUAACUAGAUCUGAAACAAAGGUUUCUUGUAAAGUUUAGAAAUAGUAAAAUUCAUCAAUAAGAAUGCCUUAAAACAAAACAAGCAAAUAAUUAACAUUUGACUGA